GACUGGUGGGUGGGGAAGAAACAGUUAGGAGAAGAAACCGCUGAAGGACUGAGGAUGGCGCUUCUUCCCUUCCACAAGAUGUCCUCAGGAAGUGUCAGAGUGACCCGGAUUCAGCUGCUCCUGUACUGUGCCGUGCUCGCCCUCAUCAUCUACGUCCUACGAUCACAGAAAGGAACAUCGCUUCGUCUUCACUCUGAAGACAGACAAGCAUCAGGUGUGAUGGAGGACCAGGCAGUGGCAUUGCAAAAGCAGACCACACCGUGGGGUGCUCCUAUCGUUUGGGGCGACAGUCACAAAUCAGCUUUACGUCGAAAGGAAUUUGCGCAUCAAGGAAUACGUACAGGCCUGGUGGUGCUGGUGGUUGGAACGUACGCCCGGUUUGCACGAAGAUUUCUUUCCUCGGCAGAGAUGCACUUUCUCCCGCGCCAGGCGGUCACCUACUACAUCCUGGCGGACAAUCCUCGUUCUCUGGACCCUCCUAUCAAGCUCGGACCGGGUCGUCUGAUGAAGGUGCUUCCUGUCACGGAGUUGCCAGGGUGGAAGCGGCUGGCGUACCGUCGCAUGUCCCUCAUCUCUGAGGCCAUCAAGCAGACAAUCAGUAAAGACGUGGAGUUCCUCUUCUGCGCUGACGUGGACCAGGAGUUUGUGGCGCCUGUUGGAGAGGAGAUCUUUGGAGAUCUCGUGGCCACUCUGCACCCAGAGCUUUACGAGAUGCCCCGUUCCUCUUUUCCGUAUGAGGCCGAAGAGGAUUCAGCAGCGUACGUGAGAGACAACGAAGGCGACUUGUACUACACCUCAGAGUUUUACGGAGGGUCUGUUUCGGAGAUGUUCCGCCUAGUCCGGGCUUGUGCUGUGCUCCUCUUGCAGGACCAGGCUAACGGUGUCACAGCCAGAGGCCUGGAGGAGAGCUACCUGAACCGAUACCUGAUUCACCGCAGACCAACCCGUGUCCUCUCACCCGAGUACAACUGGUGGUCUUCGGGUCUGGCGGUGGACGUGACGGUUCAGAGGAUCAUCUCUCUGGGACGACAAUGUGCCGCGUUCAGCGAACAGAAGCGAGAGCAAUUCAACUGUUGAUACACGGACACUUCCUGGAGAGCAUACUGGGUUUGUGCGAAUGUGUGAUGUGAUUGUUGCCAUUUAUCUGUUCUCAAAAUAACUUGGCCAAACAGAUUUGAAUAAAAUGUUUUGGGCAUGUUUAUCAUGGAACAAGUAUUCUGGAUCACCAUCUUGGUCCACAAAUCUUCUGAUCGAUUCAUCACUUGUUGGCAAUAGUCCUCUUUCUUCCUUGUCUGCUGUGUGUGUCGUGCAAGCAAGUUCUGGAGCACUUUUGCCACCUGCUGUCCUACUGCUCUCACUGCUAUUUCAAAUGCAACAAGUUCACUGGGUAAUAUAGAAAAUAAAUAAUAUUGAUUUUUUUUUUAACUGCUUGGAUGUCACGUAAAGGAAAAUAGAAGAUAUUUGGGUCCAUGAAUAGACAGUAUUUUACCUUUCUGAAACUAAGUCGCAUCAGAAUUUGGAUCAAAUCUUGGUUCAUCACCCCCCAGGUGCU